UCUCCAGUGGAGGUUCUCUUUCCUCGGGGGGUGCGCCACAAUGGGUAUCUCUCGCGAUUCGCUGCACAAGCGGCGCGCCACGGGCGGCCGCAAGAAGCACUGGCGCAAGAAGAAGAAGUAUGAGAUGGGCCGUGUGCCAGCUAACACGAAGCUCAGCAGCAACGUUGCUGUCCGGACGGUGCGCGUGCGUGGUGGCCACACCAAGUUCCGUGCUCUGCGCCUGGACACCGGCAACUUCUCCUGGGGCUCUGAGGCUGUGACCCGCAAGGUUCGCAUCCUGGACGUCGUCUACAACGCGUCCAACAACGAGCUGGUCCGCACCCAGACCCUGGUGAAGAACGCCAUCGUCCAGGUGGAUGCCGCGCCCUUCAAGCAGUGGUACCAGAAGCACUACAACGUGGAGCUGGGCGCCAAGAACCAGCCCGACGUUGUCCCCAAGCCGGAGGAGAUCCAGGGCUCCAACCACGUCAAGCGGAAGAUCAAGGAGCGCCUCCAGAAGCGCAAGCUGGACGCCCACCUGGCUGAGCAGUUCGCGACCGGCAGGCUGUUCGCCUGCAUCGCGUCCCGCCCCGGCCAGUGCGGCCGCUGCGACGGCUACGUCCUUGAGGGCAAGGAGCUUGAGUUCUACCUCAAGAAGAUGCAGAAGAAGAAGUCGAAGGCCGCUUAAAUGCGUGUCCUCGAUUGGACGGAGGUGUAACAGACCUGGCUAAUCUCCUAUCUGUGUCGGUUUAUCUCGCAUCCACUUCUGCACAUCUCUACACGCACCCAGCCUUGAUUAUGGGUUAAAAACCCC